GAUAAGUGUCCCAAUGUGUAGUGAACCAGCAUCUUUUACUGUCCUUACCAGUGCCCGAAUUCGUGUACACGAUAUACUGAUUCACGAGCUCGGGAGCUAGGGAACUGAUUGAGACACACCCUCAGUUUCCCAGGGGAAUGAAGCACCGAUCUCAAGACACUUCGCGGUCUACACUAUCCCACAGUUCAUUGCGCGCCAGUGACGACAGGAGUUCAGGUGUGAACCAAAUAAAUGUAAGCAAUGCCCCGGUUUCUCCAAUCAAACUGUAAUAUCCGUGAUGUCCAAGUCAGUUCAUAAAUGCAAUAUCUGUCUCUGAGAUGGAGUGCAGUUGAAUAAAAUCCUAAACUACUGUCAGGGUUGCCAACUCUCACGCAUCUGGCGUGACACUCACGCUUUCAGCAUCAAUCUCACGCUCUCACGCACACGCAAGAAAUGUCACUCCAAAAUCCAUUCUUCUCCCCUCUCAAUCCGUUACUUUCUGUUGAUGACUAGAUCACAGCGUAUUAAUGACAGGAGAGGAGUUUAAGGCCCACAGCUGUUACAUCUCCCUACAACGUUCUCGCUGCAGUAUUCUUUGAUCGUUGAUUGGCUGAAAACCUUGCACCUGAUACGUCAGUUGCGUGUGAGAAGUUCAGAGAGAGUUCGGAGCAUAGGUUCGGAGUCGGAGUCGGCACGUGUGAAAGUUUGGAAGACAAUCAAGUGGCGAUAGCGAGUGAAUUUGGUUGCGAUCCGUCAAACAGAAGAAGAAGAAGAAGAAUAAAAAGAAGACGAAGAAGAAGCUGUCUGUCAAUAUUAUGUGUUUUCAAACAACUAGGCCCUACAAUCUGCUCUCCAGGUUAUGGAUACAGUAGACCAUAAACAGGUUCACUUUUCAGUAAGAAGUGUUACUGACACACUUGAGGCAUACCAGUGCCUCAAGUGCACAAAAUUUCAUUGUCCUCUUUGUCCCAGGGACAAUAUAAAAUUUGAGGACAGCUUACAGGCAACUGGCCACCUUCAGUCUCAUUUAUCUUGGGUGGUAGUACAUGAGAGUUUCAAAAUCUAUAAAUGUCAUCACUCUUGUCACAAAACAGCGCAUUACCACUGUUUUUAUUGUGACAAAACAAUAAUAUGUCGCACUGACUUUAAAAAACACCUGCUGAAGCAUGUAAGUGCAGGUGGACAAGCCACCAGGAACAUAGACAAAACCAAGGGGGACGACUCACCCACAGUGGUUCAUGGAGCAAGUGACCAGCUGUCAGCAAUAGCCAGCAAACAGAGGGACCAGCAAUCCAACGUGGUUCAUGGAGCAACUGAUCAGCUGUCAGCAAUAGCCAGCAAACAGAGGGACCAGCAAUCCAACGUGGUUCAUGGAGCAACUGAUCAGCUGUCAGCAAUAGCCAAUAUACUACCAGUGGUCCAGGAGCAGGAGCUUAGACCAAGUAAAUCUAGUCCCAAAAAAGUUUUCUGUCCAAAAUGUAAUGUGAGUAUUUACUUGAAAAAUUUACAACGACACAUAAAAAGAAAGCAUGGAACUGAAAAUGUGGAUAUAUGUGCAGAUUACCAUCUUGCCAGCCAGUGUGUAGAUGCAAGUAAUGGCAUUUUCGCAGUUGCCCAAAAUUUCCGUGGGCCACCUGUUCCUAUCCAUGUAAAGCAAAAACUGAGAGGACCAAGUGAAUGUGAGGUGGAUGAUUGCUCUUUGUUUUAUGAUGUAGCAGCCAGGAGUGGGCAUCAAGCAUUUAGAUGUUUUCAUCUAAGGUCACUUGAUUAUUGUUCAACUCCGUCAAACACAUGUCAUCUUGAGGAAGACACGCUGACUGAGCUUGUAAAACAGAGAUGGUUUACAGAAAACAAGAAAGAGAUGUGUCUUGCACGACUAAAGGAGGCAACAAAACAAAGUGCCCCACUUGCUGUGGGUGUUCAAAUUGGACCACCCAGAAAGCAUUAUGUGUCUGUCUUGGAGAACAAACCUUCAUAUUAUAGUCGAUUGGGAAGGGUGAUGGUAAUGUAUGAUGCCCAGAAAAACAGCUGGCAUUGUCCCUGUGUUAAAGGACGAAUUUCUUGUCCACAUAAAUAUAUCGCUAAGUGGUUUCUCUUUCAAACUAAUAGACUUCUUUUCAAAUCUGUCAAAUCAACUGGAACAGAAGAGGACAACUUGGAUGGUCAUCAAGAAGGUGAGAAGGAAAGUCUGGAAAAGCCAUUUGGACUUGGGAAAGAACUUCUGCAGAGAAUUUUAAAGUACAUCUUGGAUAAAAAACGCUAUCCAACAAACUUUCCUGAAAAUCAUUGCAGAGCAGAGUUUAAUUUUCCCCCACCAAAGCAUGUUGUGCCAUCAGAAAAGUUUUGCUCUGAAUGUGGUUAUAACUUGCCUCUAAGUCAAGUCAAGUCAAAUUUAUUUAUAUAGCGCUUUUACAAUUGGUAAUUGUUUCAAAGCAGCUUUACAUAUUAGAAGCACAGAAAAAAGGGAAGUGGUUAAAAAUAAGCUGUACAAACAA